AACUGCGCUCAAUAGGGACUAAAUCCGGUCGAACGGUGGGCCCACCGCACUUUUUUAACGAAUCCAACAACAAUACAGGAAAAUAUCGAUCGAUGUAUGGCCAUGAGUCGGAUAAUUACUCGUAAAAAACCCCUUCAAGAAGUACGAGCAGCCGUCAUCAGUCACCAAAAACGCAAAAGGCUUAAAAGAAACCGGUUUUUAUUAUAAUAUAUCGACUUACCUCACAUUCAGUUGAGUUAAGCCGGACCGUUUUUGAAUUAUUUACUCGCGAAAUUUACUCGUGUAGGAAGCCGGUAGUGUAAUUAAUAAUAGCAAUGAGUCGGAUCAUGAAAAAAUCAAAUGUUUAUUGUUUGGAGGCGGUGUACGAAAAGGAGAUGAAUGUGAAAAGUAACAAGGAGGUAUGGUUUGGAACAAGACACUUCGUAACAUUCAUGCUCUUCCUGGGCAUGGCAAAUGCUUACAUCAUGAGAACUAACAUGUCGGUCGCCAUAGUUGCCAUGGUUAACCACACCGCUAUCGGAGCAAACUCACAUUCCUCCAGUGAGGGAGUUGAUAUGGAGUGUGGAGUAGAGAGUCUCAACACCUCCAGUUCCAGCUCAGAAAACGAUGGUGUAUUCGUCUGGGAAACUGAUAUCCAGGGAUAUGUGCUGUCAUCUUUCUUUUACGGUUACGUAAUAACUCAGAUUCCUUUUGGAAUUUUAGCCAAAAAGUAUGGAAAUAUUUACUUCUUGGGUAUCGGUAUGCUUAUCAACUCGUUGUUUGGAUUGCUAGUGCCUAUCGCUGCUUAUAUGGGCAUCUGGUGGUUGAUUGCUGUUAGGUUUAUACAAGGACUUGGAGAGGGCCCAAUAGUUCCAUGCACCCACGCUCUUCUAGCCAAAUGGAUUCCACCCAAUGAAAGAAGUAGAAUGGGUGCAUUUGUCUAUGCAGGGGCACAAUUUGGUACGGUCAUUUCUAUGCCGCUAAGUGGACUUUUGUCAGUGUCACAUGCAGGUUGGCCCUCAAUAUUUUACGUCUUUGGUUCAGUCGGGACGAUCUGGUGUGUGGCAUUUUUGGUAUGGGUCUACGAGGAUCCAGAGGUAAAUCCUAAAAUCAAUCCUGAAGAAAGGAUGUACAUUCAGAAGGCUUUGGGAAGGAUUUCUGGACAAUCGAUUCCACCAAUUCCUUGGAUGUCCAUUUUGAAAUCUUUACCGUUUUGGGCCAUUUUACUUGCCCACAUGGGACACAACUAUGGAUAUGAAACGCUUAUGACCGAACUACCUACGUACAUGAAGCAAGUGCUGCAUUUCAGUAUUAAAGACAACGGAUUUUUAUCUGCCCUACCAUACCUCGCUAUGUGGCUCUUCUCCAUUUUCAUCAGCCACGUCGCCGACUUUAUGCUGACCAAACCAUACUUCACAAUCACCAUCGUCAGGAAAAUCAUCAAUGGAAUUGGUCAAUACGGUCCAGCAGUAACUCUUUUCAUAGCAGCUUUUACUGGAUGCGACCGGUGGCUAACCGUUGCCAUUCUCACCAUUGGAGUGGGACUCAAUGGUGGAAUUUAUUCUGGAUUCAAAGUAAACCAUCUGGAUAUAAGUCCUCAAUUUGCUGGUAUUUUAAUGUCAUUUACAAAUUGCUUGGCCAACUUAGCUGGGCUGCUGGCUCCUAUUUAUGCUGGUUAUAUGGUUAAGGGAACGCCUAGUAUUGCAAAAUGGCGCAAAGUUUUCAUAACAGCCGCAGGUGUGUACGCAGCCUGUUGCACAUUCUAUAUCCUCUUCAGUUCGGGCCAAAGACAACCCUGGGACCAACCACAAGAGCCAGAAUCCAAAGAUAAAAAAGAAGAGGAAGAGAAGCAACAAAAGGAUGAUAAGCCCUCCAUAGUUAUCACUACGCAAACGUAGUAGUUGUAGAAAUGUGUGGGAUUCUGUUACUACCUGUACAUACUUACUAACUAUUAUUGUUAUUAAAAAUAUGGUGAUGUAAAUUUUGAAAAAAAAAAUAUGUGAUUGAUAUUAGUUGUGUAGUUAGUUUUAUCUUUGUUUUAUUUCCUAAUGUAAAUAUAAGCUUCUAAUCAGUAUUCAAUGGUUGAUAAACUAAGUCGCUAAUGAAAUGUAAUAAUAGUAGAGAUUUUUACGGUU